AUGAAUAAAGCUAAGAAAGAGAAACAAGAAGAGCCUCCAAAGAUUGAGUACUCUGAAAAAUACUAUGACUCAGUCUAUGAAUAUCGGCAGGUCAUUUUUCCGAAGGAAUGGGGGAUGAGGCUGAUAGAGAGAGGAUUGAUGCCUGAUGAAGAAUGGAGACGGUAUGGAGUGCAGAUGUCGAAAGGAUGGUAUCAUUAUGGCUCUCACCCUCCAGAGCCUCAUGUAUUAUUAUUUAGAAGGCCAAUUGGAACUGACCCUGCAUCUGGAGUUGUCGAUCGGAAACUUGGAGAGGACCAAUUUCGCGAGUUUGAGUAUGUCAGACACUUGUCUAAGCCAGAGCGUGUAGCUUUGGGCAUUAAUUAA